UCGGACAGCGAGCAUUUUGUAAAUGCUAUAACUCGGUCAAAUUAAGUCCAAAGAGACUAAAAAUUUUUUCAUAACUCCACUUUUGAUCGUUGAAUCCAAAAAUAUUAAAAAAGAUAUAUGUUAAUUUUGACCAUUCCACUGGCUUUGGAAGCAAUGCUCGACUGACUAGUGAAGCCUCUCUUAAUUAUCCAAAAUAGAAGAUCAUAAGUAUAUGAAUUCCUAUAACGCAUUCGACAAAUACAUAUUUGUCUACUCAUGAUGACAAUGGCAUUUUUAGUACUUAUACUAAGUAAAUCUAGAUCAGCAGUAGUAGAUUAGUUCUCAAUUAGAACACCCAACGAUACUUUUGUGACAGCAGUAGUCUAUUUCAUAUUCAACACUGACCAUAAUGAGAUUCCACAUGCUCCAUAAGAUCGUAUUGCCCUGUUACAUGUACAUGUCUGUUUUGCAUCACUGCGCAUUGUACAGUGUUCUGCAACAAAGGAAACAACAUUUUUUCGUUCUGAUUUAAGUACAAUAAAACAUUUACAUAAACCAGACAGACGACCUGAUUUUGAUUGAUCACGACUCAUACCUGACUUUAUAUAUCAUAUAAAGUCAUAAUAUAUCAUGACUUCGAUUUUGAUUAGUAUUCAUUCAAGGCAGACAUUGUGCUGUUGUUGUUGUCAUGAUAUAACGCUUAAAGGAAUAUCAAGAAUAGUUUUUCAGUGCUAGAAAAAUAUUUUAAAACAGAUUUUUAUCCCAAGAAUUUUCCCUAUAAAAUGUGAAUCCGCAUACGAUUUUCCAUCGUUUUACCAUGUAUGGCAUGUAAAUUGAUAUUCUCUUCACGUGUAGUUUACGUUGUCCUUGAAUCCUUUCUUUCGUUACUUCUCAAAAUGAGAAAGAGUGAAAGAGAAAGAACGAAAGAAAGAAAGUACGAUGAAAUGUGAGUUUUUCACACGAUUGUAUCUGGGGUUCCUACCAUUAUAAUACAUCAAUACUAUACUGUUGUUCAGACAAAUUUUAGCAGAACUGGCUCUCCCGAUUACAGGAUUACACAAUAUACGGAUAGGUUAACAAUGAGUCAAUGACUGGGUUUUUUCUGAGUUGGAUAAUUCCAUGCGUUGAGAUGUGGUACGUCGGCAAAAAAAUAUUUUGUUUAGCAAAAAAAGCUGUGCAACUAAAGUUUGAAAGUUUUUGACGAUCACAUGAGAAAAGGAUGAAUUUGUUCGCAAAAUUUACACUACUCUUCAUUCGAAGUUUCUCCAGCGUGCUAUUUUGAUAUAUAUAUAAAGAGAAAGUCAUCUGAUUCGUCCUUGUGUCUGGAUGCCCAGAAAUAUUUUCUAGAAAUCUUUCAACUUCUUUUGGAAAUACAUUCAUUCCGUUUACUGUAUUUCUGCUCGUUUACUGAUAAAACAAACUGUUUUACAAAAAUAUUCAUUAGAGAAUCCUUGUAUUCGGCUUGUCCGCAGAUAGCGCUAUAACACAUUUUCAGCGUCAAUGUUUAUUUCUGACAAUUAUGAGCAGAAAUAAGAGUAAAUAUUAUAUUAUUUUACACAUCUUGACGACUUCUAUAAGUGGUGUAAAUGGCUUGAGGUACUGCUUAUCAUUUAAAUGAUUUAACAUUUAUACGGUCCGUAACAUAAUGACUAAAAGUGGAAGUUCGUUUUUGUGGCUAUUGAAGAUAUAUGAUUUUCUCUGAAUGUAGUCAAUAUUGAUGUGAACGCCACGCAAAGAGUUUUGGAUAUAAUUCAGGUCUGUUAAAAUAUCGAAUCUACUGGUCGAAGGAUCUGGUUGUUGAUCUACAGAUCAAAGCUACAGUAACAACAAUAACGCCUUUGUCAUUGCUUUUCUCUACCAACUUCAGUCAUUCGUUACAUACUGUAGUAUUACUGAUAUUCGAUUAUGUAGACUUUUUACUUUCAAUCAUCUGUAGAUUUAUAUAGUAAUAUGUUCAUUCAAAUUUUUUCAUACAUUAUGAAGUACAUGUGUGAAUGAGCCACAUUUAUCAUUUAAAUAGUUGUUCUUUGCAAUGUACACUUGUAAAAAACCAACCGGAUGCGUCAUCAUGUUAGAAAGGUAGAGAACGAAAGAGAAUGUGUGCUGUGUGAUGAAACUACACUAUAAGCUUGGACCACAACAAAACACAACAUUUUGGCUAUUCUUUUUAAAAAUGACACUUUAUUGAAUAACACUAUCAAACUUUGGUCAUGCAUGGAGCAUCGUUAACCGGACAAGCUGGACUUCUAUCAAUCUCUGUGGUAAAAAAUUUGGAUGUUACAAGAUUUGUUUUGUCGCGUUCUUUUUCUCUACGGGACAGUACGAACAAAAUAAAUAUAUGAUUUUUUUCCUUUUCUGUGUUGGAAAAAAAUCUAAAAAGUCAAGGAAUAAACCCCAUAGUUGACUCAUUUCUUUCUCUCUUUUACAUUAUAUAUACGCUGGCAUUAACGCUUUUCAAAUCAAAGCUUCUUUAUACACAUUACUAUCAAGACACUUAGAUACAUUUUCCGAAAUAUUUUUCAAAACUACAAUGAUUGAAUCAGAUUCACACAGCAACAAACUCUUUUGUCAAAAAUUAAUCGUGGAGCAAGUGCUUACAUGUCGUGAUGCCAGACCUCGUAGCUUACGUCGAUCGCAAUCAUCGUUCGAUAAACCCGACGAGAAAACAUCAAAAUCGAAAAGUGGUCGAAAUGGGAAGUUGCGUCGCUAUAAAAGUAUGACGGUGAGAGAUCAUCAUGACUCGGACAGUGGCAUUGAAGAUUCGCCCAUCGAACAGCAUGAAGAACAGUUCACGGCAAUCAUCGACGAAACAGACGUAGCAACAACAUCGCGCUCAGAGUCAGAAGCAUCCGAUCAAGAUGAUGAAUGUUUUGAAUUUGCCGACGGGACAUCGUCAUCGUUGGUCAUGACACCGAGACACUGUGUAACACCAGUGAUGAUGUCAGAAAGUUUAAACGAUUUAUCUGAAUAUGUUGCUCUGGCCGCUAAAAUUCCCGAUAAUCUGAAAAAAGAUUUUUGUCCAUCAACAGCCGAAGCAUUUCAUGCAGAGUUUGCCCGUUUGAUCCUUGUUCCAACAUUACAAUUAGGUGCUAAUUAUCGGUUAAUUCCGUACGAAGUAGUGCCAGUGGAACAAUCAAAUAUUUGCUAUGAUUUCGUGAAACUCGACAAUGCCAAAGCUCAAUUCAAAUGUUACUGCUGUGGUCAUGCAUGGACAUCGAUGCGCGCUCGUAUCGCCUUUCAUGUAACAAAUCCAUAUACUGGAAUUAUUUUACUCCAAGUAUUCGGACAACAAUGUGCAAAUUGUGAAAAGUUUGUGGAACCUUUAUGGUACGUGGACGAAAUUUGUUUAGCUAAUUUGGGUGCUUCUAUUGUUAUUGCUUCCUUAUUAGCAAUUCUAUGA